AACUGGGGGAAGAGUCAAUAUACACUCUCUAUUUGUAGAUUCUUUCUACUUUUAGGUAAACAAGGAAGUGGAACUGGGUUAAUAGCAGCUGAGGGCUUGAGUACAACUGAAAUCUGAUCCGAGUAAAUAAAAGAGACCCCUGCACUUUAUCAGCGCAAGCAUUACACCAGGAAGUAAAGAGAAACAAGGCUGAAGGUAAGUCAAAUAAAUGUGGGCGUUCAAACAGAAAUAUGCUGGAGUUUCCCUCCUUAGAGGUGUGGAAAACUGGAUGUAGAGAUGAGCGACGCGCGUAGGAGGAGCAACAGAGGAAUGGUUGUGAAAACAAGAUGAGAUAAGACAGUGAAGGUUUGGAGCGAGCGCUGAUGAAGACUCUCUAACUAGAAUCUGCUCUCGCCUCUUCCAAUUCCUUCCUUUCUUUGGCAGUAGUUUCCUCUGACAGUGAUAUGAGAGGUUUCAGUGAUGUCCAGCAGCAUGCUCUACUAUGGAGAGGUUCACAACUGCACUACAGUGGAUCAAUUGUUGAAACGCUAUUUCCUGCCCAUCGCCUACUCAAUCAUCUUCAUUGUGGGUCUGGUGGGAAAUAUCCUUUCCAUCUGCGUGUACGUGACAAAGCUGCGUCCCUGGAAAAGCAGCAGCAUCAUCAUGGUCAACCUCGCGGUCACCGACCUCCUCUACGUCCUCAGCCUGCCCUUCCUGGUUCACUACUACAGCAACGCAGACGCGUGGGUGCUCGGCGACUUCAUGUGCCGCUUUGUCCGCUUCGGGUUUCACUUCAACCUGUACGGCAGCAUCCUCUUUCUGACGUGUCACGCAGCUUUCCGUUACGUGGUGGUGGCGUACCCGUGGAGGUCAGCUCAGGUGCAGCAGAAGCUUUGGGGUAUAAUAGCGUGUGUGGCUGUUUGGACAAUUGCUGCCGCUGAAAUCACGCCCAUGUUGACAAUGAUAUCUUUGACAGAAAAAAACAACAACACCUACUGCUUGGACUUUGCGAGCACCAUAGCUUACAACUUUGAGGAUACUGUCGAUGUGCGUUGGUAUAGCUGGCUGCUAACUGCAGUCGGAUUCCUACUGCCCCUAGUGGUGGUGUUCAUGUGUUACAUUGGUAUCGUGAAAAAGCUGGCAGACGGGCCGUACACCACCACUUCCAAACGGAUGCGAGCGCGUCGAGUGACUGUACUAAUCCUGGUGGUGUUUGUUGUGUGCUUUCUGCCGUACCACAUGCUGCGCGCUCUGCGAAUAGAAACUCGAAUGAUGCAGGCGGCGCCAUGCAUGGUGGAGCGAAUUGUCCAUGCUGUAUAUAUAAUCUCUAGGCCUCUGGCUGGUUUCAACACGUUUUUUAACCUGGCUCUGUACACUCUCUCAGGUGACAAGUUCAGGGGUGCGUUCGUCACCAUUUUUUAUCGGAAAUGUUGGCUGAGCAAGGCCACAUCCCUGUUUCAGUUGGCCAUUAUCAGUAAAGAACCCAGUGACACGCCCACUAUAUGAGCCCACUGUAGUGAUUAAAUGUAUUGGACCUUUGUGUAUAUUUUAUAUUAUAACUGUAAAGUUUGCAUGACAAAUUAGAUCCACGCUAUGUCUCUGGCUGGAAAUCUUGUGGCUGUAUGUCAUGGAGUCUUUUGUUUGCCAACACGUUAUGGUCAUAAAAGGAAGUUUGCAUUUUUCAGUUGUGGUAUUUCCUCUAAGGAAUGACGUACGAUGCAGCAAAUAAGCUCUUUGGUUUGAAUACAACACAAUGUAAAUAACUCUGAGGCUGUGAUAUUUUUAAAAAAUUAAACUGUACUUGUGUUGUUUACUAAAUGUCUGCC